AUGGUUAUCACGGAAAAUUGGUGGACAAUAGUGGGCAUAGUCACUUGGUGCACAGGUUUGCUUACGCCAAGAGUCGAAUCAACUCCCAUGGACAACUCGUGUCAGGCCUUGUGCCGCACUUUAGUAACUCAAAAUGGCCUUCAGCCAGAACACGUGGACAUAUCACAGUCUGUUCUAUACACUUCCAUUAUGGGACUUCUACUGGUGACGGAAAAGGAGAGAGAGCUUCAGCUGGGGAGUGGACAAGUUGGACUGUGCAACGUUGGAAACACUUGUUUCCUCAAUGCAAUUGUGCAGUGUCUCUCUCAUACUCGUGGUCUUCGUGACUAUUGUCUGAUGAAAGCGUAUCUUCAGGACAAGCAUUCCAACCGAGAGCCUGUGCUCAUGAAUGAAUUCUCCAAAGUCUUGGCUGCUCUGUGGGAAUGUAAUAGUGGAGAUACCACAGUGAACCCUGGGAAGUUUUAUCGCUUUUUUAAGGAGGCAGUUCCUCACUUCAGUGGCUACAGCCAACAAGAUGCCCAGGAGUUCUUACGGUUCCUUCUAGACAGACUACACACAGAAAUCAACCGUCGUCCUUCCCAACGUCCUGCAGUUAUUCCAAAUAAAGAAUCAACAUACUCACGAUUCAGGAUAUCAGAGGAGGCUUUGUCCAUGUGGCAGAAACAUCUCAACAGGGAUGACAGUAAGAUUGUCGAUUUGUUCUCAGGUCAGUUGCACAGUUCCCUGCACUGUUCCAUCUGCUCUCAUUACUCCAACACUUUUGACGUGUUUUGCGACUUGUCACUUCCCGUCCCAAAGAAGAGUGAAUAUGGCCGAAUUGUCACCCUGAAGGAGUGUUUAGAUCUCUUCUCACAGGAGGAAAAACUCGAUAAGGAAAAUUCACCAAUGUGCGAGUGUUGUAAUCGUCGUACUGAGAGCACAAAAAGACUGACCAUUCAAAGGUUCCCUAGAAUACUUGUGAUACACUUAAAUCGAUUCACCAUGUCAAGAUAUUCAAUCUGUAAAAGCUCAGUGACCGUCUCCUUCCCUUUGACUGGGUUGGAUUUGGGACCAUUUGGACCAUUUGACAGCGGUCCAGUGCUGUAUGAUCUGUAUGCAGUGUGCAAUCAUUCAGGAACUGUAAAUAUGGGUCACUACACAGCUGUAUGUCGAGAGGAGGAGGGCUGGCGCUGCUACAAUGACUCAUGUGUAAGUACAAUACAGGAGGAGAAACUUCAGUCCAAUCAGGCUUAUGUUCUCUUCUAUGAACUUAAGAGCUGCAGUGUCGGCAGAAUAAGAAGAGAAAUGUCAUCAUAGAAAUCUGUUGUUACAGGAGACUUCAAU